AUGGAGAACUAUACAGAAGUAACUGAAUUCGUCCUUCUGGGACUCACCAAUGCCCCAGAGCUGCAGGUUCCACUCUUCAUCAUGUUCACUCUCAUUUAUCUCGUCAGUGUGGCUGGAAACCUGGGGAUGAUGGUUUUGAUUCUCAUGGACUCUCGUCUCCACAUUCCCAUGUACUUUUUCCUUAGUCACCUCUCUCUGGCGGACUUUUGUUAUUCCACAGCUGUCACACCCAAGGUGAUAGCUGGGCUCCUCACAGGAGACAGUGUCAUCUCCUACAAUGCAUGCGCUGCUCAGAUGUUCUUUUUUGCAGUAUUUGUCACUGUGGAAAGUUACCUCUUGGCCUCCAUGGCCUAUGACCGCUAUGCAGCUGUGUGCAGACCCCUCUAUUACACCACCACCAUGACGACAAGUGUGUGUGCUCGUCUGGGUAUAGGUUCCUACUUCUGUAGCCUCUUGAAUGCCUCCAUCCACACUGGAAAUACAUUCAGGCUCUACUUCUGUAAGUCCAAUGUGGUUGACCACUUUUUCUGUGAUAUUCCAGCAGUCAUGGCUCUCUCUUGCUCCGAUAAGCAAAGCAGUGAGCUGAUUCUUAUUGUUGUGGCAAGUUUCAACAUCUUUUUUGCCUUCCUGGUUAUCUUGCUUUCCUAUCUGUUCAUAUUUUUUACCAUACUGAAGAUGCACUCAAUAGAGGGAUACCUGAAGGCUUUAUCCACCUGUGCUUCUCACCUCACUUCCGUCACUAUCUUCUAUGGGACAGCCAUGUUUAUGUACUUACAGCCCAGCUCUAGCCAUUCCAUGGACACAGACAAAAUUGCAUCUGUGUUCUAUACCAUAAUUAUCCCCAUGCUAAACCCCCUGGUCUACAGUUUGAGGAAUAAGGAGGUCAAAAAUGCUUUCAAGAAGUUGGUUGAUAAAGCAAAAUUGUCUCUAAGCUUCACCUUUAAGGUUGUAGGAUCCAAAAUGAGCUAG